GCUUCCCCUUCCAGUGCACUUUCCUUCUAGGGUUUGUAGCCGAGCAACUUUGAGCUUGAGCUUUACAGUGAAGCUCAAUCUCUCACCGUAUCUGAUUCUCCUGCUUCGUUUGAAUAAUCUCAACAAUCGUAUCUCACUUCAUCACAAGCAUCUUACAUUGUCGUUCUAACUCUUCUUUUUUGAGUUGCUGUUCAGAAUUUAUCUGAUUAGUCAUCAAGGUUAUACAAUUCAAUGGCAUUGGGAGAUUUGACGAUUUCUCAGUUAUCAGCUGUUGCGGAGGAGUCUGCGGAUCAUGAAGAUGGCGAUAGGAACAAUGAUGGUAGCUUUGAUGUUGUUGCUGCUGAAAAUGAGAUGACGAUGACGACGACAGAGACAAGUAUGGCUUAUGUACCGCAAUUUGUAUGGUUUCGUGAGCUUCGUCAUGAUGAGUUUGAGGCGUAUGUUCCUACUGCACCGGCUAAUACUGGUUUGGUCUCUAAGUGGCGGAUUAAGGACCGGAUGAAGACGGGAUGUGUUGCCCUUGUUUUGUGUUUGAACAUUAGCGUUCCUCCACCAGAUGUAAUAAGGGUAUCUCCUUGUGCUCAGAUGCAGUGUUGGAUUGAUCCACAUUCUAUGCCACCUCAAAGAGCCCUUGAAACAAUUGGGAGAACGUUGCUCGAACAAUAUGAGAGGUGGCAACCUAAGGCACGCUACAAGAUCUCCUUGGAUCCUACUAUCGAUGAAGUUAAGAAACUUUGCACAACAUGUCGAAACUAUGCCAAGUCAGAGCGAGUUCUUUUCCAUUACAAUGGAUAUGGUGUAACCAAACCAUCAGUCAAUAAUGAAAUUUGGCUAUUUAAUAAGAGUUAUACGCAGUAUAUCCCAUUGCGGAUCAGUGACCUGGACUCUUGGUUGAAGACACCUUCAAUCUAUGUGUUUGACUGCUCAGCUGCUGGGGUGAUCGUUAAUGCCUUUAUAGAGCUCCAAAACUUGGCUGCCUCUAAUUCCUCUGGACCUUCUACAAGAGAUUGUAUUCUGCUCGCUGCCUGUGAAGCACAUGAGACGCUUCCUCAGAGUGCUGAGUAUCCUGCUGACAUUUUCACUUCCUGCCUCACAACGCCAAUCAAAAUGGCAUUGAGAUGGUUUUGCACGCGGUCAUUAUUUUGUGAGUCAUUUGAUUAUUCUCUGAUAGAUAGAAUUCCUGGCCGCCAAACAGAUCGAAAGACACCUCUUGGUGAAUUGAAUUGGAUUUUCACUGCAGUAACUGAUACAAUUGCCUGGAAUGUUCUACCACACGAUCUAUUUCAGAGAUUGUUCAGGCAAGACCUAUUAGUUGCUAGUUUGUUCAGAAAUUUUUUACUUGCUGAAAGAAUCAUGCGCUCUGCAAAUUGUUCACCAAUUUCAUACCCAAUGCUACCACCUACUCAUCAGCAUCACAUGUGGGAUGCUUGGGACAUGGCAGCAGAAAUCUGCCUUUUGCAGCUUCCAACUUUGCUUGCUGAUCCAAGUGUUGAAUUUCAGCCUAGCUCAUUCUUCACCGACCAAUUGACAGCUUUUGAGCUAUGGCUUGACUAUGGAUCAGAGAAUAAAAAGCCACCAGUGCAGUUGCCCGUUGUGCUACAGGUGUUACUUAGUCAAUCCCACCGGUUUCGAGCACUGGUUCUUCUCGGAAGAUUUCUUGAUAUGGGACCUUGGGCUGUAGAUCUGGCCUUGUCUGUUGGAAUAUUUCCUUGUGUUCUAAAGCUUUUGCAAACCACAACUCCGGAGCUUAGGCAAAUUCUUGUCUUCAUUUGGACGAAGAUCCUUGCCUUUGAUAAGUCUUGCCAGGUUGACCUUGUUAAGGAUGGUGGACAUGCAUAUUUCAUUAGAUUUCUCGACAGCGUUGAGGCUUAUCCAGAGCAAAGGGCAAUGGCUGCAUUUGUCUUGGCAGUAAUUGCUGAUGGUCACAGACGGGGUCAGGAGGCGUGUAUUGAAGUGGGCCUUAUUAAUGUCUGCUUGAAGCAUCUUCAGGGAUCAACCUAUAAUGAUAUCCAAACUGAACCAUUGUUUCUUCAAUGGCUGUGCCUUUGUCUGGGAAAGCUCUGGGAGGAUUUCACAGAGGCGCAAGUACUAGGUUUGCAGGCAGAUGCACCAGCAAUAUUUGUGCCUCUACUUUCUCAAUCGCAGCCUGAGGUACGAGCUGCAUCUAUAUUUGCACUAGGUACUUUACUUGAUGUUGGGUUUGAUACAUCUAAGGAUGACAUUGGAGAGAAUGAAGACUACAACAAUGAGGAAAAGAUUGGGGCAGAAGUCAUAAUGAAGAGCCUUUUAAGUGUUGUAUCUGAUGCAAGCCCUUUGGUACGAGCUGAGGUUGCUGUUGCCUUGGCACGUUUUGCCUUUGGGCAUAAGGUGCACCUGAAGUCGGUUGUAGCUGCAUAUUUGAAGAGUCAAUCUAAUUCCAUGCCCACUUCCUUGCCUUCUUCUAUGGUCAAGAGUUCAGGUAGUGGCUAUACGACGCCAACUUAUUAUGUUCCACAUGGAAGUGUAGUUCCAUCUCCUAAUGCUCCUUUAUGGAGAGUGGGAGGUGACAGUCCGUCUAUCUCUCACGAUGGUAGGGUCUCGACUAGCAGCCCUGUUGCAACACCUGGCUUCAUGCAUGGAUCUCCUUUGUCUGAUGGUUCUUCUCAUCAUUCUGAUUCUGGAAGACUGGGUGAUGCUGCUAGCGAUGGUGUUGUUAAUCAUAUAAGACCCAGACCACUUGACAAUUCACUCUAUACUAAGUCUGUGCAGGCCAUGUGUGCCCUGGCAAAGGAUCCAUCACCUCGUGUUGCAGGUCUUGGCUGUAGAGUGCUUUCAAUUAUUGGGAUUGACCAAGUGUUCGCCAAGUCAACUGUUGAAUCCACAACAUCUCCUGGCCCUAGAUCUGCUCGAUUGAAUCGAUCAUCUUCUUGGUUUGACAUGAGUGGAGGUAGGCGUUUACCUGUGCCUUUUAGGACUCCUCCUGUCAGUCCCCCCCAGUCCAGUUUCUUAACGGGAUUGCGAAGAGUUUAUUCUUUAGACUUCAGGCAUCACCCAAUGAACACUCAAGACUCAGCGUUAGCUGAUCCCCUCUUGGGUUCUGGUGGAUCUUCUAGAGCUUCAGAACGCAGUUCUAUUCCACACUCAACCAUUUAUAAUUGGAGCUGUGGCCGUUUCUCAAAGCCACUUCUUACUGCAGCUGAUGAUAAUGAAGAGAUCAUUUCUAGGAGAGAAGAGAAGGAGAAGUUAGCUCUUGACCUCAUCACCAAAUGCCAGCACUGUUCGGUGAACAGACUGCAUAAUCAAAUUGCCAGUUGGGAUACAAAGUUUGAGAGUGGUACCAGAACUGCUUUGCUGCAUCCCUUCUCACCAUUUGUGAUUGCUUCAGAUGAGAGUGAACGGAUCAGGGUCUGGAAUUACAAGGAGUCUACCCUUCUGAACAGCUUCGACAACCAUGGUUACCCUGAUAAAGGAAUUUCAAAGAUUUGCCUCGUGAAUGAGCUUGAUGAGAGUUUGCUCCUUGUUGCUUCAAGCGAUGGCAACAUACGGAUUUGGAAAGAAUAUACUGCAAGAGGUCAACAGAAACUAGUUUCUGCAUUCUCUUCAAUUCAAGGUCUCAGACCAGGUUCUCGCCGUGUGAAUGCUGUUGUGGAUUGGCAACAGCAAUCUGGAUACCUGUUUGCAUCAGGUAAGAUUUCUUCUAUCAUGGCUUGGGAUCUUGACAAAGAGCAGCUUGUAAAUACUUCUCCGAUAUACUCGGAUUGCAGCAUCUCAGCAUUAUCUGCUUCUGAAGUUCACGUGGGUCAAUUUGGUGCAGGAUUCGUGGAUGGAUCUGUCAAAUUAUUUGAUAUUCGAAUGCCAGAAAUGCCUGUUUGUUCAACACGACCUCAUCCCAAAGUUGAAAGAGUUGUUGGGGUUUGCUUUCAACCUGGACUUCAACCAGCAAAGGUUGUCAGUGCAUCUCAGGCUGGUGAUAUUCAGUUCCUCGAUAUGAGAAAUCUCAAGGAGGCUUACUUGACCAUUGAUGCUCACAGGGGAUCACUUACAUCUCUGGCGGUACAUCGUCAUGCACCCCUUAUAGCAAGUGGUUCAUCAAAGCAACUUAUCAAAGUGUUCAACCUGGAGGGUCAGCAGUUAGGCACCAUUAGAUAUUUGUCCACCUUCAUGGCUCAGAAGAUAGGAUCUGUAAGAUGUCUUACCUUCCAUCCCUAUCAAGUGCUGCUUGCUGCUGGUGCAACAGAUGCUUGUGUUUCUAUCUAUGCUGAUGAAAUUUCCCCACCAACAUAACAACUUCAUAGCUUCGUCACAAAUUCUCAGAUUGAGAAACAAGAUUUUUGGGACUUGGGUGUGUUCCUUUGAGAUGGUCAGUGGCGGAU